UUCUUACACACUGGAAUAGACUACGCUGGGCCAGUAACACUGAAGACUUUCCAAGGUCAAGGUGCCAAAACCUAUAAAGGAUGGAUCGCUGUGUUUGUAUGUCUCGCUACGUCCGCUAUACACAUUGAAAUUGUCACCGACUACUCUACUGACGCUUUCAUCGCAGCAUUUAGAAGAUUCACUAGUCGAAGAGGUGCCUGCAGUAUCCUAUACUCGGACUGUGGUACAAAUUUUGUAGGAGCAGACAACACGCUAAAGAAAGAAUUCGCAGCAGGAUCGAGGCAACUAAAGGAACUUCAGUAUUUACUCGCUACAGAUGGCACAGACUGGAAGUUCAACCCACCAAGCGCUCCUCACUUUGGUGGCAAGUGGGAAGCAGCCGUAAAGUCAAUCAAGUUUUAUCUCAUACGAACUAUUGGUGAAUCGCUAUUGACUUACGACCAACUCGCUACAGUCCUAACACAGAUUGAGGCUGUGUUAAAUUCAAGACCGAUCGCUCCUCUAUCUGAAGAUCCUGCAGAUUUAACCGCUCUAACUCCUGGACAUUUUCUCAUCGGUGAACCGCUUAUCGCUGUACCUGGGCCCUCGCUACUGAAAAAUAGUUCAGCUGCGUUGUCACGCUGGCAACAAUUACAACAAAUGUUCCAGAGAUUUUGGAGUAGAUGGUCAUCAGAGUACCUGCAACGUCAUCAAUCUAUUUCGAAAUGGCAUAAUCCGCAAAACAACAUCAAAGUGGGUUCAUUAGUCUUGUUGACUGAUGAAAGAUUCCCACCAUCGAAAUGGCCGCUUGCUCGAGUACUCGCAUUACAUCCAGGCAGAGAUGGCCUGACUCGAGUAGUCACGCUGAAGACCGCUACCACGGAACUUGUGCGACCAAUCGCUAAGCUGUGUGUACUACCAGUGCACUCUCCAGAAGACAAAUUUCUGAUUUAA